AUGUCGGAUACGAGUAACGUCAACAGGAUUGAAGAACUCGGCAAAAUGAAGGUCAACGAUUUGAAGAAAGAAUUGAAAGCAAGAGGUUUGAGUACAGUUGGAAACAAACAAGAACUCAUCGAUCGCAUGAUUAAUCAUUCAGAAUCUUCAGUUUUAGAUAUCGAGGACACCGUGCUGGAUGAGCACGACAUUCUAGAUGAAGAUGACGCGUUAGAAGAUGAUUUGGGUUACUCCGAUAUUGAUGAAUCAAAAGUUCUUGGUGACAUUGCAGAAAAAGAAGAAAACAACGUGGAAAAUGGCAAUAUUCAUGAAGAAAAAGAGGUUACACAGGUAACACAACCUAAAAAGGUAACACUAAAACGUACUUCUGUAACUGUGUUGAAUGGUGAUGGUAUUAAACCACAAGAAGAAGAGAAAAAAACUGAAGACAUUGAAGAAUCAGAUGGUAAGGACCGUAUCAUCAAAUUAGAUGAAGUCGAAACUAUGAGCCAAAUCGAGAGAAUACAAAUGAGAGCAAAAAAAUUUGGAGGUGAAGUUUCGGAGGACAAAAAAUUAGCCCGACUAAUUAAAUUUGGAGCUGUAACUGAUCAAAAACCAGUAGCCAAUGUUGAUAAUGACAAAUUAAAAAUGAGAGCUGAGAGAUUUGGUGAAACUGUUUCUAAAACUUUGCAUGAUAGCGAAAAAGAAGACAAACUUAAAGCACGUGAGCUUCGUUUUGGUUCAAUUGACAAAACUGUAUUAACGGCUAUUAAGAAACGCACUAAUGGCGAUGUUGGAAAACAGAAGAAUUCUAGAGGUGGUAAAAGGAGUUUUCCAUACAAAAAACGGUAUUAA